AUGGUUGGCCAUUACUUAAAGGUGGUUGUGCGUCUCGAUGAUGCCAGUUGGUAUGGUUCGGCUUUCUUGGUGACUACUGGAGGCUUCCAACCAACCUGGGGAAAAAUCUACAAACAUUUCCCGCUAAAAAUCUCGUUCCUGCUUGCGGUGUUCAUUUUCAAGCUUGGGAGCUUGAUUUGUGGUGUGGCUCCAAAUUCCGUAGCACUGAUUGUCGGUCGUGCAAUUGCUGGAAUUGGUGCCGCUGGUAUUGGGAGUGGAGUCUUCAUCGUCAUUGCUUUCGUUGCCAGUCCCAAAAGACGGUCACUCUUCACCGGUAUCAUUGGCGUAUCUUACCGUAUAGCCUCGGUCGUUGGCCUCCUUGUUGGCGGUGCAUUCGCUGAUAAAGUAACUUGGAGGUGGUGCUUUUACAUCAAUUUGCCCAUUGGCGGCCUCGCAGCGGCUUCCAUUGUUUUCUUCUUCCAUUCACCCGACAGCGCUUCGACGGCCAAGGGUACAUUAAAGGAGAAGCUCCUGCAGAUAGAUCCUAUCGGGACGAUCCUUCUAAUCUGUACCAUCAUUUCAUACAACUUGCCACUGCAGUAUGGUGGACAGACGAAGGCAUGGAGCUCCAGUACUGUGAUCGGCCUUCUUGUCGGCUUCCCUCUGAUGAUUAUUGUCUUCAUUGUGUGGGAAUGGUUUCAAGGAGAACGGGCUGCGUUUCCGCCGCGCUUGAUGUCGAACCGCCUCGUCCUUGUGAAUUCAAUCUACGCGUUUCUUUUCGCAGGUUCGUACCUUAUCAUAGUCUAUUACCUUCCUUACUACUUCCAGAGUAUUCAAAACGUCAACCCUACUAUAUCUGGUGUACGAAAUCUUCCCUUGAUUGUCUCAAUGUCGUUAGCUAUCAUUGUCUCUGGUGGCAGCAUCACCAAAACUGGUCAUACUGCUCCUCUUAUGGUUGUCGGCGGGGUCCUCGCAACCAUCGGUUCGGGGCUGUUGUACUCGCUGGACAUCGGUACAAGCACAAGCAAGUGGAUUGGAUACCAGAUCAUCGGCGGAAUUGGAUGGGGAUUGGCCUACCAGGUUCCCAUCAAUGCGGUGCAUGUCUUCCAAACUGUCGGGGGUGCGGUUUUCGUGGCUGCAGCACAAUCUGCCUUCGUCAACCAGAUCAUUAUCACACUUGCCGCAACUGCACCGAGCAUCGACUCAUCCUUAGUGGUUGCGACGGGUGCCAGCGAACUGCGAGAAGUCGCUUACGCCAUUUCGAUCGCUGCGGCGGAAGUCGCUUUCUGUGUCAGCCCCUUCAACAACUUCCAGAAGAUUGACGCCCAUGCAGAAGCUAAAGGCUCUAGAAAUGCCGCCAUUGGUGCGUCUGUGUAA